AUGAAUUUUCUGAAACAGCUAUUCGGGAGCGAUACCUAUACCAAGUACAAGUAUCGGGGCGCCAAACUCCCGAGAGAACCUUUGACGCCGCGCGAGAUUGAGGAGAUGCACAAGAAGCUACAUCCUGAUACGCACAUCUACAACGCGGCGAUUCCAAUAGAAAAGAAGCCCAUAUUUGACGCCCGGGAUUGGAGUGUACCUUACACGCGAUCAAUAGAGGAAAGGCUCAUUGCCGCCGCAGCUGACGGCUCACUCCAAAAGGCGCAGUCGAAAUCAUUACUGUUUCGCCGGCUGCCGCCGGAAUUACGCACGCAAAUUUGGCGCCAUGCCAUGGGAAAUCACAAAGUACACCUGACUGUACAUCGUGGCCGACUGAGGCAAUCUAUGUUUGAGUCCAAUGAUUAUCAGUGGCGGACACAGAUAGGACUCUUGAGAGUCCCACUGGUUUGCCGAGCAGCAUAUAUGGAGUCCAUCCCAUACCUCUACUCUGACAACACGUUCUGCUUCGGCUUUGGCCAAGCAAGCUCGAAAUUAGCACUCACGUCGCUAGACACAAUGCUUCCCAAGCAGCACAUUGCUUCUAUGCAACACAUUGAAGUCGGAUGGCACCUAUUUGGCGGUGUGAGUCAAUAUUAUGAUAGCCAUCCUCAAGCCUGGGACAUUAGCUUGGAUGUUCCAGCACCUGAGACUGAAGCGCAGUGGAACAAUGUCUGCACUGAGCUCGUCAAACUAACGCAUAUGCGGACGUUGCUGAUCGUGGUUUGGCUUUCUGGCGAUGGAAGAGCACAAUUUAUCAAAAUGGAAAGAGGCAUGCUUGCGCCACUGCUUGUGAUGGAGCAUUUGGAGCGGUUUGAUAUACAUCUACCCUGGAAUCCGGAUGAUCCCUCUUUGUGGAAUAAUGCACCGUUCAGGGUCUGCAGGCGUUUCAGGGUCAAGGAAAUGUACGGCGUAAGCAUUCCAUUGCUCGAUGAUCCAGCUGAUGGCUUUUACUGGUCGGAUUCAGCCGCUGAACACCGGAGGUAUAGGUGA